UAAGGAGUCCCUGGAUGGAUUUGAGCGCUGGGCAGCUCAUGACAGUGCCCAGGAUAGCUUCUGCUACCUAGAUGAUGAGUCGUCUGUAGACAGCGAAUAUGUUGAUCUCCUCCUCAAUCCUGAGAGAUAUACUGGCUAUGUUGGACCCUCUGCACAUCGCAUUUGGAAAAGUAUUUAUCAGGAAAAUUGUUUCAAAAUUAUGUUUAGAAAAGCGGGCAUUCUAUCGAGCCAUCUCUGGCCUCCACAGCAGCAUCAACGUUCACCUGGCGGCUCAUUAUCUACUCUCAGAUAAGAAUGGAUUUGCUGAAUCCAAGGAUGGUGUGUGGGGCCACAAUGUAGAGGAGUUCCAACGCAGAUUUGACCCAGAGCUGACAGGAGGAGAAGGUCCUCUUCGUCUCAAAAACCUCUAUUUUGUGUAUUUGCUUGAACUUCGAGCAUUAGCAAAAGCAGCACCUUAUUGGGGAGCCUUGAGUUCUACACAGGAAAUGAAGAAAUAACAGUGAUGUACGGAAGGCAGUCGAGGAUCUCCUGGCU